AUGGGUGGAGAUGAAAGAAUUGUUGCACAUCUAAGUGACUCAUGGGGAGAGGUGAAAGCUAUUGAUUACCAGGGUGAAUCUCCUGAUGAGCAAGCACUAGUUUCUGGAGCCUCCGCUUAUGGGUAUACUCUCCAUGAACAAACGUCAGGUCAUAUUGUGAUCGAUGUCAAUGGUGAUAAACUGAGGUUGGAUGUUUUGGGGUUGCAUGAGUUUGAUAGUGUGCCCAAGAAAAUGUCAGUUGUUAUAAGAUUUCCAGACAAUACAAUCAAGGUGUUAGUGAAAGGUACUGAUACCGCAAUGUUCAGCAUUUUAGCAAAAGAAACUGAGAAGGAUGAUCAGAUUAGACAAGUAAGUCAAAGUCAUUUGACUAAUUACUCGUCAGAAGGUCUCCGCACUCGUGUAGUUUCUGCAAGGGAUCUUACAGAUGCGCAACUUGACCAUUGGCAAUGUCAAUAUGAAGAUGCAAGCACUUCUUUAAUUGACAGAACAGUAAAAUUACGUAAAACCGCAUCUUUAGUAUAA